AUGCGAAUAUCAUCAAAUCCCAUUAUACGAGCCGCCCUCGUGGCCGCAUGGCUCGCCUCAACAGCCCUCGCGAUGCCUCAAGUCGUCGACCGCGACGACCCCCCACCCACCCCACCAGCACCGCCGAAACCCAUCGCGACAGCCGACCAAGUCGACAUUACUCAACCAAACACCACCGUCCCUCCACCACAAGAACAGAAGCCGCCCGUUCCGAUCACAGUCCGGCUGUUCCCCAGCUCGCCGGGCGUCAAGAACUGCCGCGGCGCGUCCUUCUGCUAUAACCUACCGGGCACGGCGCAGUGCGGCAUCUUCAUGGGAAACAAGGCGGACGGGUGCGAGGCCAAGUUGUUUCGCGGGGAGCGGUGCAGCGCAUUUUCCAACGUUGCUGUUUUCCAGGACGAGCUACGGCCUGUGGGUGGCUUCUUUGCGAGCAUGAGCAUCAAGUGCGGUGUCAUACCUGUUGAGCCGAAGCCGUUGAGUUUGGGUGGCUUGGGCGGCAAGAUGCAGAAGCCCGUUCAGGGGAAGGGCAAGAAGGCUAGGAGGGCGGUUGUGUCUGCGAUACUCGACGAUGACUAG